UUUCUAUCAAUAUACGUGUCAAAAUACGUCGUUGUUCAACAAAAAAAAAAGAAGCAAGGAAAGUAAGAGUUUUUUCUGCCUUGCAUUUACGCGAAUUCAUAAUUGUUACAAUUAAAAAAAAUAAGGAAAACACAAUUGUUAGUUGGAGACCCAUUAUUAAGGAAGAGCAUAAAACAAAGAACUUUGCAUUUCUGUGUUUGUAACUAAAGAGCUGAAAAAGCAAAUCAAUCCCUCAAAAUGGUUUUAGCAGAUUUGGGUAGAAAAAUCACAACUGCCUUGCAUUCGUUGAGCAAAGCCACUGUUAUCAAUGAAGAGGCCUUAAAUUCCAUGCUUAAAGAAAUAUGUGCUGCCCUGCUGGAAGCUGAUGUUAACAUACGCCUGGUCAAACAAUUGCGUGAAAAUGUAAAGGCUGUCAUUGAUUUCGAUGAAAUGGCUGGUGGCCUAAACAAAAGACGCAUGAUUCAGAGUGCUGUCUUCAAGGAGCUAAUCAAAUUGGUGGAUCCCGGCGUUAAGCCCUAUCAACCUGUCAAGGGAAAACCAAAUGUCAUUAUGUUUGUCGGUCUGCAGGGUUCGGGUAAGACAACGACCUGUACCAAAUUGGCCUAUCAUUAUCAGAAGCGUAAUUGGAAGUCUUGUUUGGUGUGUGCGGAUACUUUCCGUGCUGGUGCCUAUGAUCAGGUGAAACAAAAUGCCACCAAAGCCAGAAUACCUUUCUAUGGUAGUUACACAGAAAUUGACCCCGUCGUUAUUGCCCAAGAAGGUGUGGAUAUGUUCAAACGUGAAGGCUUCGAAAUGAUUAUUGUCGAUACCUCGGGUCGUCACAAGCAAGAGGAGUCCUUGUUCGAGGAGAUGUUGGCAGUUGCUAAUGCUGUAAAUCCAGACAACAUUAUUUUCGUUAUGGAUGCCACAAUUGGACAGGCUUGUGAAGCCCAAGCCAAGGCCUUUAAGGAUAAGGUAGACAUUGGUUCGGUGAUUAUUACCAAAUUGGAUGGUCAUGCCAAGGGUGGUGGUGCCCUAUCAGCUGUGGCGGCGACUAGCUCUCCCAUCAUUUUCAUUGGUACUGGUGAACACAUCGAUGAUUUGGAACCUUUCAAGACUAAACCAUUCGUCAGUAAACUUUUGGGCAUGGGUGAUAUUGAGGGACUGAUCGACAAGGUCAAUGAACUGAAACUUGAUGGCAACGAAGAACUGCUGGAGAAAAUCAAACACGGUCAAUUCACCAUACGUGAUAUGUAUGAACAAUUCCAGAAUAUCAUGAAAAUGGGUCCCUUCUCUCAGAUCAUGGGCAUGAUACCCGGUUUCUCACAAGACUUUAUGACCAAAGGUGGAGAACAGGAGUCAAUGGCACGCAUCAAAUGCAUGAUGACCAUGAUGGACAGUAUGUGCGAUGGUGAAUUGGAUAAUCGUGAUGGCGCCAAAUUAUUUAGCAAACAACCGCAACGUUGUAUUCGUGUGGCCCAAGGCUCUGGUGUUACCGAGCGCGAAGUUAAGGAAUUAGUCUCACACUAUACCAAAUUUGCUGCCGUUGUCAAGAAGAUGGGCGGCGUCAAGGGCCUAUUCAAACAGGGCGAUAUGACCAAGAAUGUAAAUCCCACACAAAUGGCGAAACUCAAUCAACAAAUGGCCAAGAUGAUAGAUCCUCGUAUGUUGCAUCAAAUGGGCGGUGUUGGUGGCUUGCAAAAUAUGAUGCGUCAAUUGCAACAGGGCGCCGCCGGUGGUCUGGGUGGUUUAGGGAAUCUUAUGGGCUUUGGUGGGAAGUGAGAGAUGGCUUGAGCAUGUUGUGAUGUUAUUCGAGAUAGAAAUAAUACAACAAACAAAGUCGAACUUCAAGGAAAGUCGAUAUUUAUGUUUAUCUAUUGUUUGAGGUUUUCUUUAGUUAUUAUUUAGCAAUAUUUGUAUUUGUUAAGCAGAUGAUCUUUUUGUCCAGCAUCCUUCCCAACACUUAUGUUCUUUCAUUAUUUUAAAUGCAUUGUAAUAUUCCGAAAAAUUAGUUGUUAACCAAAAAAAAAAAAAAAAAAAAACAGAAAAAAAUCUGAGAUAUCAAUCCACAAAGGAGAAGUAAAACCAACAUUAUGCAAACCAUUUGAAUUAUUGUUUAUAUCAACAUAUUUGAAAAGAAAAGUCAAAACCAGCAAUUGUGUAGAUCAAAUUGAAUUAAGACAUCAACAUCCAUUUAAGAAAUUAUACAUACAUAUAUUCGUUUAGUGAUAAUAUCUAAAUUGAAUAAAAUAAAAUCCUGUUUUAUAUAAGAAUUAA